AUGGCCGACAUCUUCCCAUUCAUCGACGAGACCCUCGACUGGUGCUCCCACUACGUCAACCGCAUUGAGACGCUUCGGCUGGUGGAGGCUGCCGCUCCUCCCGGCGACCAGCAGCUGCUUCAGAAGAUAGCUAGCACCAAGAAGGAGUACAUGGACCACCUUGCCGCUCUGGUCGCUGCCACCCAGAUGGUGCUGAAGACGUACACGGCCCACAGCGCCGCGGCCGCCCCAGUCAGCGCUUCGGCAGAUACGGUCUCAUACACGGACACUGGCGACGACAACAAGGACAGUGUCAGUGCUCCGAGUGAGUCGGAGUACUACUCGGCCACGGAGGAGGUUUGA